AUGCAGAGAAUCGUCGACGACGCUCUGGCUAUCACCAAAGAGUCAGUGAAAACAUUGACUUAUGAGUCAUUAAACAACUUUGCAAGAUUCAUAAAUGGAGUUUCUGCACUUCUCUUGACUCUUAUUCCUGGAAAGGCCAGUGUUCUUGAAGGUCUUCAAGGCUGGGAACUAAGGCCUACUCCACGUGGACCUCGUUUACCACGCUGGAUGCUCAAUGGAGUCUCUUCUUUCAACCGCUUUAUUCACGAGCUCUCUCUGGACUCUGACACUUCCAGCUUAGAUUAUUCCUCUCUUGAAGAUGAUGAAGAAGAAGAGAGUGAUGGUAUCUCGACGCCUCCAUCACCCUUGUCACAAACCUCACUCCGCUCUUGGGCUAGUCUUCCUGAAUAUUACGAAAGCCAUUGGACAGACUGGAUAACGUUCAUAGUCUGGUUGGUUUUGCUACCCGCCAGGAUACUUCUAUGGGUACCUUUUUAUCUUUUACGCCUUUUUUGGAGACAAGACUCUCCUAUGAGCCCAAGAAGAAGGUACAGACGUUCUUCUAGAGUACCUAUCCCAGGGAAAGAGCACCAUGUCCCUAACCGAACUACUGAUAGAAGACGUGGAGUCAUUGAGGAUCUUCAGCUUGGUACUGAGAUCGUCAUAGAAACCAUAUUUGAUUUCUUUCACAAGGCGGCACAUCUUCUUCUUUCUCCAUCAGAAGCCUUUGGGAUAAUCUCAUCAUGGUUCUCUUCUAAAGGAAGCUACGACUACGAUGAUGAUAUUUCAGAUGAUGAGCUCGUGCAGACUUACACACUAGGAGACAACGAUUCAUCUCUUACAGAAAGAACCAAAAGAACCACAACGAGCUUAUACAAUACAGAUACUAGGACUUGUCAAGAUGUUAUAACAGAGCUUGGGUAUCCAUAUGAAGCUAUUCGUGUUGUUACUUCUGAUGGAUAUGGUCUUCUCUUGGAAAGGAUACCAAGACGAGAUGCGAGGAAGGCUGUUUACUUGCAGCAUGGUGCUUUGGAUUCUUCAAUGGGAUGGGUAUCAAAUGGAGUUGUUGGCUCUCCAGCUUUUGCAGCUUAUGAUCAAGGCUAUGAUGUUUACCUAGGGAACUUCCGAGGUUUAGUUUCAAGAGAUCAUGUGAACAAAAACAUCUCCUCAAAAGACUUCUGGAGCUACUCCAUCAAUGAGCAUGCAAGAGAGGACAUCCCAGCAAUAAUAGAAAAGAUUCACGAGAUCAAAACUUCAGAACUAAGACUCUACCAACCUAAUGUAGAAGAGGUAGCAAAAGAGGAGCAGCCUUAUAAGCUCUGCCUACUCUCUCACAGUCUAGGCUGUGCUGCUGUUCUGAUGUAUGUAAUCACCCGUAGAAUCGAAGAGAAACCACACAGACUCUCUAGAUUGAUCCUUCUUUCACCUGCCGGGUUUCACGAAGACUCCAACCUUCUUUUCACGUUAAUAGAGCACUCCUUCCUCCUCUUGAGUCCAGUACUAUCCAGGAUCUUUCCAGCUUUCUACAUCCCCACUAGAUUCUUCAGGAUGCUUUUCAACAAGUUAGCUCGAGACUUCCACAACUAUCCUGCUGUUGGUGGAUUGGUCCAGACACUGAUGGGUUAUGUAGUUGGUGGAGAUAGCUCAAACUGGGUUGGAGUCAUUGGUUUGCCUCACUACAACAUGGACGAUAUGCCUGCUAUAUCUUUCCGUGUGGCUCUUCAUCUUGCUCAGAUAAAACGUAGCAGGAAGUUCAGAAUGUUUGACUAUGGUAGCGUUGAAGCUAACGUAGACGUUUACGGCCUACCUGAGCCGCUUGAUCUGGGAGAGUUUUACGGGUUGAUAGAUGUUCCUGUGGACUUGGUGGCUGGGAAGAAAGAUAAAGUGAUUAGACCUUCAAUGGUUAGGAAACAUUACAGGUUGAUGAGAGAAUCAGGUGUUGCUGAAGCUUCUUACAAUGAGUUUGAGUAUGCUCAUUUGGAUUUUACCUUUUCUCACCGUGAAGAGCUUUUAGCUUAUGUGAUGUCGCGGUUGCUGCUCGUGGAGCCGACAAAGACUCAGCCUGUUCAUAAGAAGGGGAUGAAGCUGAAGAAGAAAAUGGAAACAGCUAAAACGAAAAAAUAG